AUGGCCUGCAGGAAAGCCGAUGAAAUCCAGUCUCAGGCAGCUGGAUGCAGUAUGGCCCAAGAUGUCUUCCGCGCCUUUCUGACACCCAGCAGAAACCAAAUCAAGUCAUGGGUAGAUAAGAUGCAAGAGGACCUUGUCACACUAGCAAAAACAGCCAGUGGAGUCAAUCAACUUGUUGAUAUUUAUGAGAAAUACCAAGAUCAGUAUACAGUGGAACCAAAUAAUGCUCGCCAGCUGGUGGAAAUUGCAGCCAGAGAUAUUGAGAAACUUCUAAGCAACAGAUCCAAAGCCCUGGUGCGCCUGGCCCUGGAAGCUGAGAAAGUUCAAGCAGCCCACCAGUGGAGAGAGGAUUUUGCAAGCAAUGAAGUUGUCUACUACAAUGCAAAGGAUGAUCUUGAUUCUGAGAAAAAUGACAGUGAACCAGGAAGCCAGAGGAUAAAACCCGUUUUCUUUGAAGAUGCUAAUUUUGGUCGGCAAAUAUCCUAUCAGCAUGCAGCAGUUCAUAUUCCCACAGAUAUCUAUGAUGGUUCGACAAUCGUGUUAAAUGAACUGAAUUGGACAAGUGCCUUAGAUGAAGUGUUCAAGAAAAAUCAACGCGAGGAUCCCACAUUGUUGUGGCAGGUGUUUGGAAGUGCCACAGGCUUGGCUCGAUAUUAUCCAGCUUCUCCUUGGGUUGAUAACAGUAGAACUCCAAACAAGAUUGAUCUAUAUGAUGUUCGCAGAAGACCAUGGUAUAUUCAAGGAGCUGCAUCUCCUAAAGACAUGCUUAUUCUGGUUGACGUGAGUGGGAGUGUUAGUGGAUUGACCCUUAAGCUGAUUCGUACAUCUGUCUCUGAAAUGUUGGAAACACUCUCAGAUGAUGAUUUUGUGAAUGUAGCAUCUUUUAACAGCAAUGCCCAAGAUGUAAGCUGUUUUCAACAUCUUGUCCAAGCAAAUGUAAGAAAUAAGAAAGUGCUCAAAGAUGCAGUGGAUAAUAUCACAGCAAAGGGAAUCACAGACUAUAAAAAAGGUUUUAGUUUUGCUUUUGAACAGUUGCUCAAUUAUAAUGUUUCUCGAGCCAACUGCAAUAAGAUUAUCAUGUUGUUCACUGAUGGAGGAGAAGAGAGAGCCCAGGAGAUAUUUGCCAAAUAUAACAAAGACAAAAAAGUCCGUGUAUUUACAUUUUCAGUUGGUCAACAUAAUUAUGACAGAGGACCUAUUCAGUGGAUGGCCUGUGAAAAUAAAGGUUAUUAUUAUGAAAUCCCAUCCAUUGGAGCAAUAAGAAUCAAUACUCAGGAAUAUUUGGAUGUUCUAGGAAGACCAAUGGUUUUAGCAGGAGACAAAGCUAAGCAAGUUCAAUGGACAAAUGUGUACCUGGAUGCAUUGGAACUGGGACUUGUCAUUACUGGAACUCUUCCGGUCUUCAAUAUUACUGGCCAAGUUGAAAAUAAGACAAAGAACCAGCUAAUCCUUGGUGUGAUGGGAGUUGAUGUAUCAUUAGAAGAUAUUAAAAGACUGACACCACGUUUUACACUGUGCCCCAAUGGCUACUAUUUUGCAAUUGAUCCUAAUGGCUAUGUUUUAUUACAUCCAAAUCUUCAGCCAAAGAAUCCUAAAUCUCAGGAGCCAGUAACAUUGGAUUUUCUUGAUGCAGAGCUAGAGAAUGAUAUUAAGGUGGAGAUUCGCAAUAAAAUGAUAGAUGGGGAAAGUGGAGACAGAACAUUCAGAACUCUGGUUAAAUCUCAAGAUGAGAGAUAUAUUGACAAAGGAAACAGGACAUACACAUGGACUCCAGUUAAUGGCACAGAUUACAGUUUGGCCUUGGUAUUACCAACCUACAGUUUUUACUAUAUAAAAGCCAAAAUAGAAGAUACAAUAACUCAGGCCAGAUCAAAAAAGGGAAAAAUGAAGGAUUCAGAAACACUUAAACCAGAUAAUUUUGAAGAAUCUGGGUAUACCUUCAUAGCACCAAGAGAUUACUGCAGUGACCUUAAAAUAUCAGAUAAUAACACUGAAUUUCUUUUGAAUUUCAAUGAGUUUAUUGAUAGAAAAACACCAAACAACCCAUCAUGUAACACAGAUUUGAUUAACCGAGUCUUGCUGGAUGCAGGUUUUACAAAUGAACUUGUCCAAAAUUACUGGAGUAAGCAGAAAAACAUCAAGGGAGUAAAAGCACGUUUUGUUGUGACUGAUGGUGGAAUUACCAGAGUUUAUCCAAAGGAGGCUGGAGAAAAUUGGCAAGAAAACCCAGAGACAUAUGAAGACAGCUUCUAUAAAAGGAGUCUAGAUAAUGAUAACUAUGUUUUUACUGCACCCAAUUUUAACAAAAGUGGACCCAGUGCUUAUGAAUCUGGCAUUAUGGUAAGCAAAGCUGUGGAAAUAUAUAUUCAAGGAAAACUACUUAAACCCGCAGUUGUUGGAAUUAAAAUUGAUAUAAAUUCUUGGAUUGAGAACUUUACCAAAGCAUCAAUCAGGGAUCCGUGUGCUGGUCCAGUUUGUGAUUGCAAAAGAAACAGUGAUGUGAUGGAUUGUGUGAUUCUAGAUGAUGGUGGAUUUCUUUUGAUGGCAAAUCAUGAUGAAUACACUAACCAGAUUGGAAGAUUUUUUGGAGAGAUUGAUCCAAGCUUGAUGAGGCACUUAAUUAAUAUAUCAGUUUAUGCUUUUAACAAAUCCUAUGAUUAUCAAUCAGUGUGUGAGCCCGGAGCUGCACCAAAACAAGGAGCCGGGCAUCGCUCAGCCUAUGUGCCAUCAAUAGCAGAUAUAUUGCACAUUGGCUGGUGGGCUACUGCUGCUGCCUGGUCUAUUCUACAGCAGUUUCUUUUGAGUUUGACCUUUCCACGACUCCUUGAAGCAGUUGACAUAGAGGAUGAAGACUUUACAGCCUCUCUAUCCAAGCAGAGCUGCAUUACUGAACAAACCCAAUAUUUCUUCGAAAAUGAUAGUAAAACAUUCUAUGGUGUACUUGACUGUGGAAACUGUUCCAGAAUCUUUCAUGUAGAAAAACUUAUAAACACGAACUUAGUAUUCAUAAUAGUGGAAAGCAAAGGGACUUGUCCCUGCGAUACCCGACUGCUCAUACAAGCAGAGCAGACUUCUGAUGGUCCGGAUCCAUGUGAUAUGGUGAAGCAACCCAGAUACCGAAAAGGGCCUGAUGUCUGCUUUGAUAACAAUGUUCUGGAGGACUAUACUGACUGCGGUGGCGUUUGUGGAUUAAAUCCUUCCUUGUGGUCUAUCAUUGGAAUACAAUUUUUACUACUUUGGCUUUUAUCUGGCAGUAGACAGUACCAGUUAUGACCUUCUAAAACCAAAUCUGCAUAAUUAAACGUCAGAUCCUGCCAAAGUAUGAGCCCUCAACUGCAUUUAAAUAGGGUCAGUCCUGGAGUUACCUGAACACUGGGCCCAUACUUUGGCAUAAAUCUAUGAUACAGACUCAUAAAACACCCACUGGCUGCAUGUCAGGGUGUGAGAUCCUUACUGUUGUGUGAAUGCUGCAUUAUCUAUGUAAAUCAUCAAGCAAAUUUCUAUAUGUGCUCUAUUGGGAAAAUUGAGUGUUGUUGCAGUGUUGGUGAUUACAUGUAUAAGGGCUUC